GGCGUGACACUUGAAAAAUUUUCGCUGCUCGCCAUCUUGUUGAAAAGGCAAAUAAGAAAAUUAGUGUAAUUUUAAGCAUAAAUGUUAAAAUUAGUGGAGAGCUGAAGGAAAUUACUGCCUAGACUACUUGUAGGGAAUCGAGGAUUAAGACACCGGUAAAAAAUGAAUGAAUUGGACGCACUUAGACAGGAAGCUGAAACACUAAAAAAUGCAAUCCGCGAUGCUCGUAAGGCAGCGUGCGACACUAGUUUGGUGCAAGCCACCAAUAAUUUGGAACCAAUUGGUCGAAUACAAAUGAGAACCCGCAGAACAUUGCGUGGGCAUUUAGCGAAAAUCUAUGCAAUGCAUUGGGGUAGUGACUCAAGAAAUUUAGUAUCGGCUUCCCAAGAUGGUAAAUUGAUUGUAUGGGACUCACAUACAACAAACAAGGUACACGCUAUUCCGCUGCGCUCCUCAUGGGUGAUGACAUGUGCAUAUGCACCAUCUGGUAGUUUCGUUGCUUGCGGAGGUCUCGAUAAUAUCUGCUCGAUAUACAGUCUGAAAACACGAGAGGGUAACGUACGUGUAUCACGUGAGCUGCCCGGCCAUACAGGAUAUUUGUCUUGUUGUCGUUUUCUCGAUGAUAAUCAGAUAGUAACAAGUUCAGGUGAUAUGUCAUGCGGCUUAUGGGACAUUGAAACUGGACAACAGUGUACUUCGUUUUUGGGACACACUGGUGACGUUAUGGCAUUAUCCCUGUCACCGCAUUGUAGAGCGUUCGUUUCGGGUGCAUGCGAUGCAUCUGCCAAAUUAUGGGAUAUUAGAGAGGGACAAUGUAAACAAACAUUUCCAGGUCACGAAAGUGACAUUAACGCGGUCACAUUCUUUCCAAAUGGAUAUGCAUUUGCUACUGGAUCAGAUGAUGCCACAUGUCGCUUGUUUGAUAUUCGUGCUGACCAGGAAUUGGCAAUGUAUUCACAUGAUAAUAUUAUUUGCGGUAUCACAUCGGUGGCAUUUUCAAAAUCUGGGCGCCUACUGCUCGCCGGUUAUGAUGAUUUUAAUUGUAAUGUAUGGGACACAAUGAAAGCCGAACGUGCCGGUAUUCUGGCUGGGCACGACAACCGUGUUUCUUGCUUAGGUGUUACAGAAAAUGGCAUGGCUGUAGCAACAGGCUCAUGGGAUUCAUUUUUACGUGUAUGGAACUAAAUUGCUUUACACCAAACACACACAAAUAAAUAAAAAACACACAAAUUUAAAACAAAAACUAGUAAUGAAAAAUUUCACACAUCCAAUAUAUUUAAUAAAAAUAAAAAAAAAAUAACGAGAAGAAAAGAUCAAGAGCACAACAGAAAAAAAUGAAGCAUCAACAACACACGUAUACACACAAAAAAACACACACACAAAACACCUGCUAUUAAGAAUAAAUUAAUUGUCAAACAACUUUUUGUAAUAAAAAAAGGAGAAAACAAAAAAUAAUUAAAUUAAAUUAAUUAAUAAUAAUUUCCUGAUAGGCAAAAAUUUUUCGGAUAAAUUAAUGAUUGUUAUUAAAAAACACAUGAAAAUUACGAAUAGAAAACAAAUUAGUAUAAAAAUCGUGCAUAUGUGGUGUAAAAGUAGUAGAUGAUGCGACAUCCUUAUUUUAAUAUAUUUUAAACUUUUUCCUAUACAAUUACAUUUAUAAGC